UGUUUCUGUGUUGAUUUGGACCAUACAUAUAUGGCGUAUGUGAGCGUCAGUGGAGACUUCUGCCAGGCACAGCACCUCGCCUUCGUGGACAAGUGAAUCGUCCGCCCCCCUCGGGACUACGCUACCCAGAAGCCCCCCUGAAGCCAGCACACUGGGAACCCCUGUCUCCUCCAACAGUCCCCUAGGAUAUCGCGUAGUCCAAGGCCAGAUUGCCCAGCUCUGUCCCCUGAGCGGCCAAUAAGGAAACUGCCUAGUUCUCUUCUACUUGCUGCUUUCUCUCCCAGAAGCCAAUCACAUACCACUCUCCUGAAUGGGGUAAAAUCUGAAUGUCCGAUUGGAUGACUGGUGGAUAGUCUCUGCAUACAUUUUUUUGUUUGUUUAUUUUUUGUAAAAUAUUUUUUCCAUCCCCCUGUGGAGUCUUGUGGACUAGAUCAUCCAGUUUUUUGUUACCCCUCUUUUUAUGUAAACCUUCCUGUAGCUAUCCACCUGUGUUACCCACAUCCUCCUCCACCUCUUCCCUUCGUUGACAUCUUUUUAUUGUUUUUUUUUAACCUACAGAAUUCUACUACAAGUCCUUGCUGACAUUAGAGCCAAAAGUAGUCAUCCUUUUUGUACCUGAUAUUCUAAGUAUUUCAUUGUAAUUGUUUUCAAAGCCGUCUCGCCAACAUGAACCGCCCUGCUGCAGUGGAGAUUACCUACGAGGGCAUGAGGUUCCUCAUCACACACAACCCCACCAACGCCACGCUCAACAAGUUCACUGAGGUGAGGCCGCCACGCUGUGUGUGCGUGUAUAACCAAUUCAACACUCGAGUUCACUGUGGAGAAACUUGCACAUACAGUACCAGUCAAAGGUUUGGACACACCUACUCGUUCAAGGGUUUUUCCUUUGUUUUACUAUUUUCUAAGUUGUAGAAUAAUAGUGAAGACAUCAAAACUAUGAAAUAACACACAUGGAAUCAUGUAGUAACCAAAAAAGUGUCAAACAAAUCAAAAUAUAUUUUUGAUUCUUCAAAGUAGCCACCCCUUUGCCUUGAUGAUAGCUUUGCAUUCUCUCAACCAGCUUCACCUGGAAUGCUUUUCCAACAGUCUUGAAGGAGUUCCCACAUAUGCUGAGCACUUGUUGGCUGCUUUUCCUUCACUCUGCGGUCCAACUCAUUCCAAACCAUCUCAAUUGGGUUGAGGUCGGGUGAUUGUGGAGGCCAGGUCAUCUGAUGCAGCACUCCAUCACUCUCCUUCUUAGCCAAAUAGCCCUUACACAGCAUGGAGGUGUGUUUUGGGUCAUUGUCCUGUUGAAAAACAAAUGAUAGUCCCACUAAGCACAAACCAGAUGGGAUGGCGUAUCGCUGCAGAAUGCUGUGGUAGCCAUGCUGGUUAAGUGUGCCUUGAAUUCUAAAUAAAUCACACAGUGUCACCAGCAAAGCACCCCACACACCAUAACACCUCCUCCUCCAUUCUUUACGGUGGGAACUACACAUGCGGAGAUCAUCUUUUCACCUACUCUGCGUCUCACAAAGACACGGCGGUUGGAACCAAAAAUCUCAAAUUUAGACUCAUCAGACCAAAGGACAGAUUUUCACCAGUCUAAUGUCCAUUGCUCGUGUUCCUUGGCCCAAGCAAGUCUCUUCUUAUUGGUGUCCUUUAGUAGUGGUUUCUUUGCAGCAAUUCGACCAUGAAGGCCUGAUUCACGCAGUCUCCUCUGAACAGUUGAUGUUGAGAUGUGUCUGUUGCUUGAACUCUGAGGUGCAGUUCAUUGCCGAUUUCUGAGGCUGGUAACUCUAAUGUAACUCUGGGUCUUCCUUUCCUGUGGCGGUCCUCAAGAGAGCCAGUUUCAUCAUAGCACUUGAUGGUUUUUGCGACUGCACUUGCAGAAACUUUCAAAGUUCUUGAAAUUUUCUGGGUUGACUGACCUUCAUGACUUAAAGAAAUGAUGUUGUUCCUCUUUCAUUAUUUGAGCUGUUCUUGCCAUAAUAUGGAUAUGUCCUGUAUACCACCACUGCCUUGUCACAACACAACGGAUUGGUUAAAAAUUAACUUUUAACAAGGCACACCUGUCAAUUUAAAUUCAUUCUAGAUGACUACCUCAUGAAGCUGGUUGAGAGAAUGCCAAGAGUGUGCAAAGUUGUGAUCAAGGCAAAGGGUGGCUACUUUGAAGAAUCUCAAAUAUAAAAUAUAUUUUGAUUUGUUUAACACUUUAUUUGGUUACUACAUGAUUCCAUAUGUGUUAUUUCAUAGUUUUGAUGUCUUCACUAUCAUUCUACAAUGUAGAAAAAAAUUAAGAAAAACCCUGUACAUCUGAUUACAUGCAUCAAUAACCUCACCAAUGUAGCCUAUAACAAACUCACCUCAACCUACAAUUAAACACAUAUUUUAGAGUACAAAAUUGACCCUCUCUCCAUCCCUCUCUCCCUACCCCUCUCUCUCCCCUACCUCUUGCUCUCUUUCUCUCUAUCUCUCCUACUUCUUGCUCUCUUUCUCUCUCUCUCCCCCACCUCUCUUGCUAUCUUUCUCUCUCUCCCCCUACCUCUUGCUAUCUUUCUCUCUCUCUCUCCUACCUCUUGCUAUCUUUCUCUCUCUCCCCCCUACCUCUUGCUAUCUUUCUCUCUCUCCCCCCCCACCUCUCUCGCUAUCUUUCUCUCUCUCCCCCCCACCUCUCUCGCUAUCUUUCUCUCUCUCCUCUCCCCCACCUCUCUUGCUAUCUUUCUCUCUAUCCCCCUACCUCUUGCUCUCUUUCUCUCUCUCUCUCUCUCCUACCUCUUGCUAUCGUUCUCUCUCUCCCCCUACCUCUUGCUAUCUCUCUCUCUCUCCCCCACCUCUCUCGCUAUCUUUCUCUCUCUCCCCCCCCCACCUCUCUCGCUAUCUUUCUCUCUCUCUCCCCCACCUCUCUUGCUAUCUUUAUCUCUCUCCCCCUACCUCUUGCUCUCUUUCUCUCUCUCUCUCUCUCCUACCUCUUGCUAUCUUUCUCUCUCUCCCCCUACCUCUUGCUAUCUCUCUCUCUCUCUCUCUCUCUCUCCUACCUCUUGCUACCUUUCUCUCUCUCCCCCCUCACCUCUCUUGCUAUCUUUCUCUCUCUCUCUCCCCCUACCUCUUGCUAUCUUUCUCUCUCUCUCUCCCCCUACCUCUUGCUAUCUUUCUCUCUCUCUCUCCUACCGCUUGCCAUCUUUCUCUCUCUCUCUCCCCCCACCUCUCUUGCUAUCUCUCUUUGUCGCUAUCUUCCUAUCUCAGGAGCUGAAGAAGUUUGAGGUGAACACGCUGGUGAGAGUGUGUGACGCCACCUACGACAAGGUCCCAGUGGAGAAGGAGGGAAUCCAAGUUGUGGUAAGGAUAACAAACGCACACACUCCCAGAGAGGAGAGCAGUCAGAAUUUCUACUGAACCAAAACAGGAUCCCUUUGUUUCCUUCCGAGGAAUUGAGGGUAGUUAGAUUCACUUUGCCCCUCUCUGGAGAACUUCUGUUAGUCCGUCUGUUCCACUGUCCUCAACUGUCUGCCUCCCGCUGUGUGCUGAGCUAAUGGGUGGAGAAUUGGAAGGAAUCUCUGGCUCAGAUCCAGAUGAAUGGUGUUCCACCCAGGCCUUCUUGCUCUCUCUGUUGCACUCGUAUGUGCACUGUAUUGUCUUUCUCACAGCUAAGGCUAGUAUUCUUAAAAUAUUUCUCUACAACAUUCUUAUUUUUUUCACUUGUCUCACAGGUGAUUCAGGAAAACCAGAGACACUUUGGGAUAGGAAAUGUCUUAUCCCCUCUCCUUGAUACAGUUUUAAUUAAGUGAUCACCACCCCUCAUCCUGGAGUGUUCCUCUCCCCAUUAUGCCUGUCACUCUCCAAUGUAUUGGAUUAAAUGUUAUGCAGACUGUAAUCACAAUCCUGUUUCAUAUUGGUUGAGCACCGAGACCGGAAAAGCCAUGCGUAGGGUUGCACAAUUAUGGUAACUUUCCAAACAUUUUAGAGACAUCCUGAUUGGAAAGUUCCCAGAAACAUGAGGGAAUUGGCAGAAAAUAUGGGAAUCGUCCAACCAGGAUUUUUGGGAAAGAUAGCAGAAUUUUCAAAGCAUGGCCAAACGCACGGCUGAUUGGCAAACUACAGUGAAAAGCUAUUAGUAACAAAACCCUUUCUGUCUGUUCCGGUCUUUGUCACUCUUCAAAAAUAUGAAACAGGAUCUGUGAUUGUUGCCUACAUAAAACUGGCCCAUGGUGUCAAAGGACAGUCACAGACUGGGAGAGAGAAGGCUGCAACAGGGAGAGGAUGGUGUGGGAGAGAGAAGGCUGCAACAGGGAGAGGAUGAUGUGGGAGAGAGAAGGCUGCAACAGGGAGAGGAUGAUGUGGGAGAGAGAAGGCUGCAACAGGGAGAGGAUGAUGUGGGAGAGAGAAGGCUGCAACAGGGAGAGGAUGAUGUGGGAGAGAGAAGGCUGCAACAGGGAGAGGAUGGUGUGGGAGAGAGAAGGCUGCAACAGGGAGAGGAUGGUGUGGGAGAGAGAAGGCUGCAACAGGGAGAGGAUGGUGUGGGAGAGAGAAGUGCUGCAACAGGAGAGGAUGAUGUGGGAGAGAGAAGGCUUGCAACAGGGAGAGGAUGAUGUGGGAGAGAGAAGGCUGCAACAGGGAGAGGAUGAUGUGGGAGAGAGAAGGCUGCAACAGGGAGAGGAUGGUGUGGGAGAGAGAAGGCUGCAACAGGGAGAGGAUGAUGUGGGAGAGAGAAGGCUGCAACAGGGAGAGGAUGAUGUGGGAGAGAGAAGGCUGCAACAGGGAGAGGAUGAUGUGGGAGAGAGAAGGCUGCAACAGGGAGAGGAUGAUGUGGGAGAGAGAAGGCUGCAACAGGGAGAGGAUGAUGUGGGAGAGAGAAGGCUGCAACAGGGAGAGGAUGGUGUGGGAGAGAGAAGGCUGCAACAGGGAGAGGAUGAUGUGGGAGAGAGAAGGCUGCAACAGGGAGAGGAUGAUGUGGGAGAGAGAAGGCUGCAACAGGGAGAGGAUGAUGUGGGAGAGAGAAGGCUGCAACAGGGAGAGGAUGAUGUGGGAGAGAGAAGGCUGCAACAGGGAGAGGAUGAUGUGGGAGAGAGAAGGCUGCAACAGGGAGAGGAUGGUGUGGGAGAGUGAGAGAUGUGCUGAGACUGAGUCAGCACAAGUGCAGAGGCUCAGAUGGUCAGGCUGUCUGCCAGGACACACUCACACACACACACACACACAGUACUUCAGCAUAUCAAGCUUCCCAACUUAGACACACAUGAUACAGCUGCUCUGCUCCAAUCAGGCUUUGAGUCCUGUACUGCCUUUUGAGCAUUGAGCACUGGUUAAUCCUCAAGUCUGUUGACGCACCCGUGCUUCAAUCUAAGUAACAUUUUAAAAAUCCCCAUCAAAAUCCAUCAGUUUAAGCUAGAGAUAUCUGUUUUUAGCAUGGGCUGCGUCUCAAUCCACCGCAUCCGCCUAUGGCUGGCUUCCGCAUCUGCUGUGGAAGGUGGCCGAGUUACAGCAGUGUUUGUCAGACCAUGAGACUUCCCGAAAAUCGGCCUUCUCACGACAACGUCUGUAGCAUCUGAACAGUUUGGCCUACAAACUAUUAUGGAAAGGGGAGACUCACGAACACGAUGGUGUUCACCGUAUUUGCUCUACGACCCCCACAAGUGUCACGAGACUCGUCUGAAGGUAGCCCAUUGAUAGAGGAAUUAUGAUUAUGACUAAAAUUGUUCCACCCCAAUACUGAUGAUGACUGUGUGAACUGUGUUAGGGUUAUCAUUAUAAACCCACUAACAGAGGGGGUGAGUUAGAAACUGCUGAGACAGACAUUCCAGGAGAAAGGAGACUUAGAAGAUGUCCUAUUUAAACAUUCUAUACUGUGGAAAUGUACAGGCCGCCUAAAGGGGGGCGGAGCAAAGUUCCUUUGUGUAAAGGCAUAUAUAAAGGCUGUAUAUGAAAUACUCGUGACACCCAUACCAACAAAUGGCAACAAAAAUAAGGGGUUAAAUAUGCGUACAAAAUAUAUAUAUUUCCUUAGCGUUCUUAUAUCUCCUAGACAUAAGACACACUUCAAAACCUUAUUCCAUAUUAUUACUUUUUUGACUGUCUUUGCCAUUUUUUACGUUUAUUCAAUAUGUUUCUGUGGGCUAUAGUAGUAAAGGCCGAAUUCAAUAUUUUAUCAAAUAGUUUAAAUAUAUUUGUUUAUACCUAAAGGGUAUCAAAUAGCUAAAUGAUCUGUGGUAAGACCAUCUUUAAAAACAUUAUGUUAGCUUAGUACCCCCCCCUAGCCCUUAAAUGAACCCCCAUCCCCAGCCCUUGGUUUGGUCCAUGUUAGCCCUUAAAUGAACCCCCAUCCCCAGCCCUUGGUUUGGUCCAUGUUAGCCCUUAAAUGAACCCCCAUCCCCAGCCCUUGGUUUGGUCCAUGUUGAUGUUUUUGUCCCUCUUCCGCCGUAGGACUGGCCCUUUGAUGAUGGCGCCCCGCCCCCCACCCAGAUAGUGGAUGACUGGCUGAACCUGCUGAAGACAAAGUUCAGAAACGAGCCUGGCUGCUGUAUCGCCGUGCACUGUGUGGCGGGGCUGGGCCGGUGAGUGUGUUAACCUGUGUGUGUGUGUAUAUGUGUGUAUAUAUAUAUAUAUGUGUGUGUAUAUAUAUGUAUAUGUGUGUGUGUGUGUGUAAAGUGGGACAUUUGAUAUGAAUGAGUGUAUGUGGGCUUGAUUGUGUCGCGUGUCAACGACUGAAGCCUGUUCCAAUGUUCCAUGCUAAGCCUGUUAGCAAGUUAGCGUAUGUUUUUAUCCUCUUAUCAAUCUCUCCCUAUCUAUUAGCCUGCUAGCAUUAGCCUGGUGCUUCUGUGGUUCUACCGGCUAUUCUCAUCCCCUCACUUUAUAGCUAGCUUCUCUGCUGUUAGCGCCACUGUCUCUGUUAGGCUAUCCAGCUAGUAUUUUUCUCCAGAGUGUGCGCUGGACUUCUCAUCCUCUCUGUUCAGUUUAUUUCCUGUUAGUGUUGGCUUCUCUUUGUCUCUCUGUCAUACUUCGUCUGGUCCUUCAGGGUAUGCUCUGGACUCCUCAUCCUCUCUCUCUAGCUUCUGUCCGGUUAGGUUUAGCCUCUCUCGUUCUCGCUCCCUGUUAGCCUGGUUCUCCAGGGUGUGCUGCUGUACACCAUUUAGAUUUCCCGGCCCUCAAGUUGGCCCCAUAGAGCACGUGUCACUCAUUCCACGGAGGGCUGAGUGUCUGCGGGUUUUCACUCCUCCCUUGUACUUGAUUGAUGAAUUAAGGUCACUAAUUAGUAAAGAACUCUUCUCACCUGGUUGUCUAGGGCUUAGCAAAAAAACAGAAGACACUAGGCCCUCCAUGGAAUGAGUAACACCCCCACACUACUCACGCCUGUCCAGGGUUAUAGCCUUCAUUGAUUCAGCGCAUCGCUUAGACCAGUGUUUCCCUCCUCCAGUACCCCAACAGCCCAACUCCAGUCCUCCAGUACACACAACAGUACACAUUUUAGUUGUAGCCCCAGACAAGCACACCAGAUGCAACUCACCUUAGGGCUUGAUGAUUAGUUGACAAGUUGAAUCAGGUGUGCUUGUUUCCUUGUGGGGACCGUCGAAAUGUCCCCACUUGUCCAAAUGAUCCUUGUUUUACUAUCCUUGUGAGGACUUCUGGUUCCCACAUGGAUAGUAAAACCACACACACACACACACACAUUGCUGUGGGCUCCCUAAGCAGUGGUGGUCAGACAGACCUGUUUUUCUGCAUUCAUCUCCUGGUGCUGUGUUUACUGCAGUCCUCAGGGCCGGCAGCAUUCUGAUGGUCUAAAUCAGACCAGCCAGCCACAGCCUUUAGAGACUCACAGCGUGGGAGGAGGAGCUAGUGGUGGUUGUUUUUCGCUCUCACACUCUGUUACGCCUUCUCACUUUCUAUCUCGUCUCUGCCAGGGUUUCCGUUAGCCGGUAAUUGCCGGCUUUCGGCCAAUACAUUAAAAGCCGAUAAAUAAAGUUGUUGCCGGCCAAAUUAACUGGGAGAAAAUACAAUCCCGUUGCUAAAUAAUGCUUUUUAUUAAUUGAUGGAAAUAUCAGUCGAUGUAAAUGCAUUUGACCAUCAUGCUUAUCGGUCUAGAGGUUAAUUAGCAAAAAAAAAAUAUAUUUCCGUUAAUCGUCAUGUUCCUUAUUUAUCAUACGCGCAUAGCAUAUAGCACUUACUUUGAGCGGAACAUCUUGUCAGACAGCGCUGGUGCUACUGCUGCUUUUAUAAGCCCAGUCAUUGCGCAUUCAUUCUAAAUGCAAUUGUGUGUUAACGGUUGAUGGCCACAAUGUGAAAAGAGCUACUAUUUUUAUUUCUCAACUGGUAAUUGAAGUGCGCAUCCGAUUCGACUAUCAGCACAUCACCCACCACUUUGCAAUGUGAGCUGGAGGUAGUAUGCAUUUUGAAAACAUAUACUUAAUUGUUUGAAUGUUAAACCUGAACGUUUUACUACAUAUUAUUAGACAUGUCUUGGCUUGCGUCAAGGUAGUGUAUGCAAAAUCCGUCCAUAGAAACGGAAAGGCAAUUAUUUUACAACUUCCUCAUAUGCCAUUGAAACCAAGUUAAUUGCUAUUGGUUUUCAUAUCAACUUUCUUUCCUUGUCCAGAAGUCAAAGGCACAAUCCUAGUCAUAUUAACCAAUUCUAGUUGUUGCAUCUUUUAGAUUUCUAACUGAGAUUUUAAUCUCUGUUACAUAUGGAACUGCUCGCUUCAGGUGCGCUGUUUAGAAUGGUGUAUUCCCGCAAUUUGUUUGAAAAUGACAUUUUAUUGGCUGAUCAUUACAGGAGUUGCAUGUUCUGUUAAGCUAAAUUACCAUAAUCUAAAUGUGAUUUCUGUCAUUCUGUGCACUGUGGGUGGAAGCCCUAAUGGUUUGUCAUUCUGUGCACUGUGGGUGGAAGCCCUAAUGGUUUGUCAUUCUGUGCACCGUGGGUGGAAGCCCUAAUGGUUUGUCAUUCUGUGCACCGUGGGUGGAAGCCCUAAUGGUUUGUCAUUCUGCGCACCGUGGGUGGAAGCCCUAAUGGUUUGUCAUUCUGCGCACCGUGGGUGGAAGCCCUAAUGGUUUGUCAUUCUGCGCACCGUGGGUGGAAGCCCUAAUGGUUUGUCAUUCUGUGCACUGUGGGUGGAAGCCCUAAUGGUUUGUCAUUCUGCGCACCGUGGGUGGAAGCCCUAAUGGUUUGUCAUUCUGUGCACUGUGGGUGGAAGCCCUAAUGGUUUGUCAUUCUGCGCACCGUGGGUGGAAGCCCUAAUGGUUUGUCAUUCUGCGCACCGUGGGUGGAAGCCCUAAUGGUUUGUCAUUCUGUGCACUGUGGGUGGAAGCCCUAAUGGUUUGUCAUUCUGUGCACUGUGGGUGGAAGCCCUAAUGGUUUGUCAUUCUGCGCACCGUGGGUGGAAGCCCUAAUGGUUUGUCAUUCUGCGCACCGUGGGUGGAAGCCCUAAUGGUUUGUCAUUCUGUGCACUGUGGGUGGAAGCCCUAAUGGUUUGUCAUUCUGUGCACUGUGGGUGGAAGCCCUAAUGGUUUGUCAUUCUGCGCACCGUGGGUGGAAGCCCUAAUGGUUUGUCAUUCUGCGCACCGUGGGUGGAAGCCCUAAUGGUUUGUCAUUCUGUGCACUGUGGGUGGAAGCCCUAAUGGUUUGUCAUUCUGUGCACCGUGGGUGGAAGCCCUAAUGGUUUGUCAUUCUGCGCACCGUGGGUGGAAGGUCUAAUGGUUUGUCAUUCUGCGCACCGUGGGUGGAAGCCCUAAUGGUUUGUCAUUCUGUGCACUGUGGGUGGAAGCCCUAAUGGUUUGUCAUUCUGCACACCGUGGGUGGAAGCCCUAAUGGUUUGUCAUUCUACGCACCGUGGGUGGAAGCCCUAAUGGUUUGUCAUUCUGCGCACCGUGGGUGGAAGCCCUAAUGGUUUUAUGCACCCAAUGCAAAUGGGUCCUCAUUUCUCAAAUGGCCGGUAAAUUAAAAUCUUCCCGGUCACAUUGUCCAGCUCCACAUUUUCCUAACGGAAACCCUGGCAAGCACAAAAGGGUGCUCAUUCUGUCAGUCUCUUUCUCAUAUUCCCUCUAUCGCUCUCCCACUUCUCUCCUCCCCCUCUUCUCUCUGAAAACCCACAAAAGAAUGCUCUGUCAGCUUUGAGUUUUGACAUUCCGGGCUGUCUGUCUGGGGAAUUUUAAAGUUUUGUGGUGCAUUUUUUUUCUUCUUGAAAAGUUUGCUUACAGUAACACACUUAUCACACCAAUUGUGUGUGGGCCAGGUUGUGAACGUGAUGCCCCAGCUCAUUUGCAGUGAAACCAGGCCACCCCCCUAUGGGUUUCCCAGGCCAAUGUCUCAGCUUUACAGUACACCCCCACCCUGCUACCCACAUAACCUUGACACAGCAUGCUUUACACUACAUCCCCAGGCUAGUAUAUGUCGCUCGCGUUCUCUCAUUUAUUUAUUUAUAUAUAUAUAUUGUGUCUCUGUGCUGUAGAGCUCCAGUCCUGGUGGCCUUAGCGCUGAUUGA